AUGCAAAGCAACUCACACUACAGCCACACUGUUGCAUGCAAGUUUGUCCGAGCAAGUAGCAUGGCCCAAAACCAAUCCACACCAGCUCUCACAACGACGGCGACCACCCCCGGCGCAGAGCUCCUGCAAGCCCAGGCAGAGCUUUGGUGCCACAUGUUCGGCUACCUCAAACCCAUGGCGCUGCAGUGCGCCAUCAAGCUCGGAAUCCCCAACAUCAUCAGCCGCCAUGGCGGCGCCGCCUCUCUUUCGGAGCUAUGUGCUGCUCUUCCCGUUGCCCCAAGCAAACGGACGUGCUUGUCUCGCCUCAUGAGGUUGCUGGCCACGUUGGGAAUAUUGAGAGAGGAAAAGGAGACGUCACCGGGUGGGGAAGCGGAAGGCUCCUACUUGUACCACCUCACCGCGGUUUCUCGCCUCCUCGUCGACGAUGACGACGGUGGCCAUCCAUGCUUAUCUGCGUUCAUGGCCAAUAUUGCCGCGCCGUUCCAUGUCGUAGCAUCUCUAUGCCUAGCUGAGUGGUUCGAGAACGACGGCGGCGCGGCGGCGGCGGAGACUCCGUUCAUGAUGGCGCACGGUACCAGCUUCUGGGGCGUGGUCUGCCGCGACGCGCAGUUCGCCGCGGAUUUCUACGCGUCGAUGCGGGCUGACAGCAGAUUCGUGGCACAGAUCAUCGUUAGCCAGUGCAGGGAGGUGUUCGCCGACGUAAAUUCUCUGGUGGACGUGGGGGGCGGGGACGGGACGAUGGCGAAGGCCAUUGCCAAGGCAUUCCCGCAUGUGCGUUGCUCGGUGUUGGACCUUCCCCAGGUCGUGGGUGGCAAUGGCAUGCCGGGAGAAGGAGAAGAAGGCACGGUUGAGUUCAUCGAAGGUGACAUGAUGGUUUUCAUCCCUCCAGCUGAUGCUGUUUUACUCAAGUCUAUUUUCAUUGACUGGGGCGAUGAAGACUGUGUCAGAAUCCUGAAGCAAUGCAAAGAAGCUAUUUCUACCCGGGAGCCAAAAGGGAAGGUGAUAAUCAUUGAUACGGUCAUAGGCUCGGCAUCCAAACGGAUAUUUGAAGAAGCUCAACUUUUGAUGGACCUAAAUAUGAUGGUGCUAGUGCCGGGCAAAGAGACCGGGGCGGCGAUUGGGCCGCACGGGUGCCCAUUGGCGGGGCACGCCCCCAACAAUAGCCCGUCGAAAAUGCGCGAGGAGGCCCUCGAUCCGAGAAUGUUUGCCUCGCGAAUUUGUGGGACUGUAUCGCAGUGGGGCUCGUACGCCGUCCCCCUACUCUGCUGA